CUCCGGCUCCAGUCUGCGGGCCUCCCGGGCAGCGGCGGGGCCGGAGCGGCGCGGAGGAGGGGACAAGACCAGGGCAGGAGGGAACCGGCCAGUACGCCCAGCAAGAUGCUGUCUUGGCGGCUUCACACGGGCCCCGAGAAGGCCGAGCUGCAAGAGCUCAACGCCCGGCUCUACGACUACGUGUGCCGCGUGCGGGAGCUGGAGCGCGAAAAUCUGCUCCUGGAGGAGGAGCUGCGCGGCCGGCUCGGGCAGGAGGGCCUGUGGGCCGAGGGGCAGGCCCGCUUCGCCGAGGAGGCGCGCGGCUUGCGGCAGCAGCUGGACGAGCUGAGCUGGGCCACGACUCUGGCCGAGGGCGAGCGCGACGCGCUGCGGCGCGAGCUGUGGGAGCUGCAGCGGCUGGGCGAGGAGGAGCGCGCCGCCCGCGGCCGCCUGGACGCCGAGCUGGGCGCGCAGCGGCGCGAGCUGCAGGAGGCUCUGGGCGCGCGCGCCGCCCUCGAGGCGCUGCUGGGCCGGCUGCAGGCCGAGCGCCGGGGCCUGGAAGCGGCCCACGAGCGCGACGUGCGGGAGCUGCGCGAGCGCGCCGCCCGCCUGACCAUGAGCUACCGCGCCCGCGCCACCGGCCCCGCCGCGUCCCCGCCGCGCCUGCGGGAGGUGCACGACAGCUACGCGCUGCUGGUGGCCGAGUCGUGGCGGGAGACCGUGCAGCUGUACGAGGACGAGGUGCGCGAGCUGGAAGAGGCGCUGCGGCGCGGCCAGGAGAGCCGGCGCGAGGCCGAGGAGGAGACGCGGCAGUGCGCGCAGGAGGCGGAGGCGCUGCGGCGCGAGGCGCUCGAGUUGGAGCAGCUGCGCGCGCUGCUGGAGCAAGAGCUGCUGCGGCUGCGGGAGGCGUACGAGCUGCAGGCGGAGGAGCGGCAGAGAGUGAUUACCUGCCUGGAGGAUGAGAAGGCGGCCCUCACCUUGGCCAUGGCGGACCGGUUGCGGGACUAUCAGGAGCUUGUGCAGGUGAAGACUGGCCUCAGCCGGGAGGUGGCGACAUAUCGAGCCUUACUAGAAGGAGAAAGUAAUCCAGAGAUACUGAUCUUGACUGAGCGCAUCGAAAACGUGCCACAAGAGUUCAGAAAAACAUCCUAUCAGUAUGCCAGCACGGUGCUGCAGAGGGAAAAUGAACGAAAUCUGUUUCCCAGGCGGAAAGCACCUCCGGCCAGCUUCAGCCACAGCCUGGCGCAGCGCUCUCACCUGUCGGCAAAGCCCGGAGCUCGGCCCGCCGUCCCAGGUGCUGCGGGCAGUGGCUUCCUAGGCUCGGGAUAUUCUUCCCUAACCACUACCCGGUGGGAGAAAACUGAUGGCAAAACUGCCGACUCUCAGGAAAAACCUGCCAACAGCCAAGCCAGCGUCAGAACUUUCUCUCCAGUGCCCGGUCUUUUAAGGGAUACUGAGGCUCCAGCGAAAACAUUCCCCGAAAGACCGAGAACCGCGGGUACAAAGGCCGCCUCUGCUAAUGUAGCCAAAGAGCCCGCCCUUGCCCAAAAGCCCUAUCGGGACAGUGUGUCGGCAGGUGCUUCCAAAAGCACGUGGUCAAGUGAGAGAACCGUCCUUGUGGAAAAGAAGACGGGGGCUAACGUCACGAGAGAGCAGGAGAGAAACAGGCCAGGUGCCAUCCAAACAAAGUGGGAAGAGAAGGUGUUUGAUUCCAAAGAGAAGGCUUCAGAGGAGAGGAAUCUAAGGUGGGAAGAGCUGACAAAGUUAGAUAAAGAAGCAAGAAAAAGAGAAAGCCAGCAAAUGAGGGAAAAGGAGAGAGGGAAGGAGUCGGCGAAGGAGAAGAGUGUUCGAGAAAGAGAGGUACCGAUCAGUCUAGAAGUCUCCCAGGAUAGCACACCAGGGGUGGCCCCGAAAGGUUUGCAGACUCCCCUCCAGGGGGAUGCUCGUGACGGUGCAGGCAGAGGCAUGGAAAAGAGGGAGGCCAGGUUCAGGCUGGACCGCGGCGACACCACCAGCUCCCCGAAGGGCGACUCCACGACCGAAACCAUAGCCGAAAACAUCGUCUCCAGUAUCCUGAAGCAGUUUACCCAGUCUCCUGAUACAGAGACAUCUGCUAAUUCUUUUCCGGACACGAAGGUCACUUACAUGGACAGGAAGGAGCUUCCCGGCGACAGGAAAACAAAGACUGAGAUAGUCGUGGAGUCGAAACUGACCGAAGAGGUGGAUAUUUCAGACGAGGCUGGCCUGGACUAUCUUCUGAGCAAGGAUGUUAAGGAGGUGGACCUGAAAGGAAAAUCGGCUGAGCGGAUGAUAGGAGACAUAAUCAACCUUGGUCUGAAAGGAAGAGAGGGGAGGGCAAGGGUGGUCAACGUGGAGAUCAUUGAGGAGCCCGUGAGCUAUGUCGCUGGUGAGAAGGCGGAUGAGUUUUCUACCCCCUUCGAAGUGGAGGAGGUUGAUGAUGUGUCUCCGGGCUCCAAGGGGCUGGCUGAGGAGGAAGAAGGUUAUGGAGACACAGACGUCAUGUUCUCGGGCAAUCAGCAUAAAAAGACCAAGCGGCCCCAAGACAACGUAACUCACGUUGAAGAAGUAAUGGAGGCGGGUGACUCAGAGGGAGAGCAGAGUUAUUUUGUGUCGACCCCAGAUGAGCACCCUGCGGGGCAGGACAGAGACGAGGGCUCGGUGUAUGGGCAGAUCCACAUUGAAGAAGAGUCCACCAUCAGGUACUCUUGGCAAGAUGAAAUCGUGCCAGGGACUCGGAGAAGAAUAAAGACGGAUGAUGGGCUGGGGGAGAAGGUGGUGAAGCCGUUGGACAUCUCAGAACCUUCUGUGGAGGAGGAGGAGGUGGGUUAUACUCACUGGAAGGAACAAGCUAGAAGUGGUGAAUUUCAUGCUGAGCCCACAGUCAUCGAGAAGGAGAUUAAGAUACCACCUGAGUUCCACACGUCCAUUAAGGGAUCCUUCAAGGAGCCCAGACACCAGCUGGUGGAGGUUAUCGGGCAGCUGGAAGAGAGCCUUCCGGAGCGCAUGAAGGAAGAGCUGUCUGCUCUCACCAGAGAGGGUCAGGGCGGGCCCGAGAACGUUUCGGUCGACGUAAAGAAAGUCCACACCUCCGGGGGUAGGUCCGUGACCUUGGUUGCCGAAGUCAACCUCUCGAGAACCGUGGAUGCCGAUCAGUUAGACCUGGAGGAGCUGAGCAAAGACGAAGCCAGUGAAAUCGAGAAAACCGUGGAGUCAGUGGUACGAGACAGUUUGGCCAGGCGGCACAGCCCGGCGCCUGGAAGCCCAGACGGGGAGACCGCAGAGGAGCCCCCGGCUGCCGGCUUUCGCUUCAAGCGCUGGGCCACCCAGGAACUGUACCGCCCCGGCGGUGAGGAGGGCGAUGCCAGCCGGGCCUCUCAGGGCACAGAGCAGGUCGCUUCCCCGGGUCCGGUGUCAGCCACAGUAGAAGUCACCAGCCCGAGGGGCUUUGCCCAGUCACACGUGGUAGAGGACGUAAGCCGGUCUGUCAGGCGUGUUAAAGUAGACCCCACUGGGAUUUGGAGGACUGAGCAAGUCUCACGAGAAGGACCCACUGCACAAGUGGUGGAGAUGGACAUAAGUCACGUGGAGGCGAGCCCCCGCUGGACGCAAGACACCACGGUCUUCUUCCCUGCAGGGACGGAAGCGGCGGCUCAUGGUGCCCCUGACCGUGGUGCCUGGAGAGACGGGGGCAGUGGGAAUGCCUGGGUGGCCAGCGUGAGCUUUCAGGGCUCUUCUGGGGACGGACACCAGGUCCCCGGGGAACAGGGCAAGGCGCAGGCUGAGUUUGACAGGACGGUGCAGCUACAGAGGAUGGUAGACCAAAGGUCGGUGAUUUCGGAUGAAAAGAAAGUUGCCCUCCUCUAUCUAGACAAUCAGGAGGAGGACAAUGAGGGCCACUGGUUUUGAUAAGCAAGUAUUUUGUUUUCAGUGGUGUCUUAGCCGGUAACACAGUAACACACAGAGGCCUUUACUUCUUUGAAGGAGGGAGGCUCAGUCUUUAUGAAGACCUCCCCACUUUUCUUACUUUCUCCAAAGAGCGCUCCGGGCGAUGUCACUUUACUUUAUCAUCUGUAAAGGUGUCAAAUUAAUUCAUGCCUUCGAAGGCAUUUGAAUUUUACUUUUGAGUUGGAACUUUGACACAAAUAUUUUUUUAUCUUUUUAGUCUUAAAAGUUCCUUUUUCUGGAGUUUUCUCUCCACUGCUUGAGACAGUUUCGACCAAUUUUGCUCCUGGUCAUGGAAAUGCCUCACAUCUGUUUGAAGUUAUAAUCAACUCUCUAUAGGGAAAAUGCCUAAACGGUAACAAUAUAGUAAGAUGCCUAUAUGAUAACAAGAUUAAAGUAAUAUAUUUAAGAGUAAAUUUUAUUUGCAUGUGCUAAUAUGAAAUAAUCAACUAACAUUUAAAAGGAAAAAUGCGUACAUUUGUCACUUUUCCAAGUCUUCUCAAAAAGAAAUCCUAGGAAGGAAGCAGAUUGCUUCCAUAAAAGAUAAAAGUGAAAAAAAAAAAAACCUAAAUAGUUCUAAAUUUAGGAAAAAGUUAAGUUCACUUUGAGACUUGAAUGAAUUGCUUUCUAUGUGCAGAACUCCAAAAAUAUAUAGUAUUUUUGUUUAUGGAGAGGCCAGCUUCAGCCCAUUUGAUAUUCCAAGUCCACACGCUUGCUAUGUUCGUGUAAGUUCUUAGAAGCCCACCCUGGGCUUGUGUGUAGGGAAAGUGACUGUUGGGAAUGGGUUAUUGUAUUUCCUUUCUCACAGCACUGGGUUGUUAAGUAGCAUACAGUCUAAGUAUUCUUGUUUGUUACAACCUAAGUUCUGGAGUAGCCAGCUCCCGCCAGAGUGUUAAGCUUCUCCACACCUUAACCCUUAGCCCUGUCUACACAUUUAAUUUUACUGGCGGGAGGCAGACUCCGAAGACAGUAAAGAGAAUGCUGAUGAUGCUCAAGCUAGAGCCUGGCUUGCCAGAUGAUCCUGUGCCGUGACAUUGGAAGCACAGGGUGGACUGUGCCUCCCAGAGAAGGCCUUGCAACGCACCGCUAAAGGGACCGAAGUCUGGGUGAUGCAAAAUGACAACCAACCUCGAGGACGUUUUUGCAUUUUUUUUUUUUAACAUUUAUUUAUUUUUGAGACAGAGAGAGACAGAGCAUGAACAGGGGAGGGGCAGAGAGAGAGGGAGACACAGAAUCUGAAACAGGCUCCAGGCUCCAAGUGGUCAGCACAGAGCCCGACACGGGGCUCGAACUCACGGACCGUGAGAUCAUGACCUGAGCCAAAGUCGGACGCUUAACCGACCAAGCCACCCAGGCGCCCCCGUUUUUGCAUUUUCAACAGAAAUCAUUACAGCUGGGGUGUUUUGCCCAGGGAAGAGAAUACUAAUGUUACAUAGGAUAAGAUGUUUUGUGGGAGGGACUGGGUGCCUCUCCUGCUGCCCAGCACCCAGGAGGGGCCCUGGAGGAAGGCAAAGGCCCUACCCUCACGGGCCACGGGAUGCUGACGUGCAGGUACACACCGUGAAGUUGAAGGUACUAGAAAGAGUGAGUGUGCUUUACUGGGUUUGUUUUAUUUUACAUAAGGGUAUUGCUUUUAAGGCUUCGUCUUUAAAGGUAGCGGCACACAGAAAUUACCUCUCCAGCAGCACAGUAUUAUUUUAAUCCAAACUAGUUGCUUGCACAUAACAUUGUUUAAACUGUACUUCCGGUAACAAAGAAUCCUAGAGCUGCCAGUAGGACACUGAGGAAUAGUGAUUGGAGGUAAUGCCAUCCUCUAGUGGGUUAUGAUGUUGGGGGUGGUGGUUAUGGCAUGAGGGUCUUCCCUCGGUGGGGGGAGAGGGGGAUGUCACACAGUGGCCCUCAGCUCCUAGAAAUGGCUACAGCAGGUAGUUUAGGGAGAGUGCAUUUUCUUAAUAAGUGGAGGAGAAAUGCAGCCAAGCUUUCAGGAUGAUCCAUUUUACAAACACUGUGAAUCGGGGUAUAGAAAAAGUUGAACUGCAAGUUUAAACCUUUGUUAUCUUCCAAAUGAACUAGUAAUUGUCACAGACUGGUACAGAGGUGAUGGCUUGGCAGACAAAGCCGCCUUGUUUCUCAUAUAGUCAAAGAUGGGCGAUUUUAUGUUAGCUGUAAUUGGUAAUGGUAUUUGUAGAAGUGAUUUAUUGGUCAAGGUGACAGCCUACUGUUUUGAUGGCAACACAGACUGAGGAUGGGGAGUCUGUUAUGUGAGUCUGAGUGGGCUUACUUUAAUGUCCCUCUCCGGCCUUGUGAUCUUGUAAAUGAGUGCUAACAGGGACAGAUUAUUAAUAUCAUGACCCACCUCUCUUUGGAAAAUAUCUUAGGUCUUAAUUUAUAUUUCCAUGUUAGAACACAUGUCUUCAAGAAGCAUCCUGCCAAGAGUACUUACCAAUAUGGACUCCUGAGCUGUCUUUGGUUACUCAGUCUCUGGAUCACCCAGGAGCAGGCAUGCCCUCCACACUGUGAAGGUCGCCUGAAAGUUCUGUGUCCUUUAAAACCAGUCGCUCUGGAGACCAUAGAAAUCAACUUUGUGGGUUGGGACAGAACCAAUUUUUGCUGUUGUAUAGACAAAACAGUAUUAAUGGAAUGUUUUUCACCUUCCCACUGGUUGUUUUGAUAUCAUUUGUUUCAAAUGUAUAUUUAGAAUGGAAUCACUUACAAAGCUCAUCUUUCUAAGCUCCUGUUCCCUACGAAGGGAAAUGUCACAAAAAUGUAUAAAAAUAAAAAUCUAAGAAAAAAAAAAAAAACCCUCCACAUUGUUCCUAAAGAGAAUGAAUGUUUUCCAGUAGGUGUUUUUGUGGUUUCUAUUUAAGCUCUAAUUAAAGCAUCUAUGUGUUUUA